CGUCUCCGUAGCAACGGAUUUGCUCAAUGAGGAGUAGCAGGGAUCUUAUAAACAAGGUUAAAUUACCAAUAAAGCAAAAUCUCAUUGAAUUUCAGAGUUACUAAGUGAAUACCUGAUGGCGACGGUCAACCCGUCAGUGUUUCUUCUCACCGUGAACGGACAGAUUGAAGGAGCCAACUUUCCAGAGUAUGACAACUUGUACUGCAAAUAUUGUUUCGUCUACGGCCACGACUGGGCUCCCACCGCGGGGUUGGAAGAAGGUAUCACCCAAAUAACAUGUAAAGGCAGUCAGUCUUCACACAAAUUAAUAUGGAACUUUCCACUGGAGACGACGUUUAAGAGCACAAACCCCUCUGGAUGGCCUCAGCUGGUGGUGAGCGUGUACGGUCCAGACGUGUUUGGCAACGAUGUGGUCAGGGGCUACGGAGCAACACACAUCCCCUUCACACCUGGACAACAUACAAGAACCAUCCCCAUGUUUGUUCCCGAGCCCACAUGGAGACUUCAGAAAUUCACGAGCUGGCUGUUGGGACGGCGUCCAGAAUACACAGACCCAAAAGUAGUGGCCCAGGGUGAAGGCAGAGAAGUGACGCGGGUUCGUUCCCAAGGUUUCGUCACCGUCUCCUUUCACAUCAUGACUAAAGACAUGAAGAAACUGGGCUACGACACAGGACCGUCAGGCUCUGCAAACACACCGUCUGCCACAUCUGGCUGGUCAACAGAGGAAAAAACAUGAGACUGUUUUACAGACAACUAAAUGUCUGGGUUUUUUUUUUUUAAACAGUUGCUAGGACAUUUCACUCCAGCCAAAACGAAAGCACAAAACUCACGUUACAUAUAAAAUACUUGUUUACAUCCAGUUCGUUAUGGAAAUAAAGCCACUGUCACCUUAGAAAUGAAGUGGCAGGAGUGCAGAACACACACAAACACUACUCUGUCGAGUGUUUUUUAGUAAAAAUGUGUAGAAAGGAAAUUAUGAGAUUUUAUGAGAUGUAUUCAAAUAUUGACAAUUUUAUACUGUGUCUUGCAUUUUUCGGUUUUACUUUUUUAACUUUUUUAA